AGUCAGCAACACUCUCCUUCAACUUAAGAUGGCAUUGGCAGAGGCCUCGGAAGCGCGCAAGGCGCGUCUUUUGGCGUUGAAGAGACGCAAGGAUGGGGAACCUAAUGGGCAAGAAGACGUAGAGAUGGAGGACACGGUGGAGAAGAACGUGGAGGGUGUAGCUGAGAAGAUCAUUGCAGAGGAUGAGCAGAGGAGGGCUCAAGAACUCGACGUGUUCAACAUUGCGCCGAAAAGACCGAAUUGGGAUCUUAAACGUGAGACGGACAAGAAGCUGGCCAAGUUGGAGAGGAAGACGCAGGAGGCGAUACAUACGCUGAUACGUGAGUUGUUUGGCUUGGGUAUUGGUAGUGAUACUGAUGGGAUAUCGUUCGGUGCGAUGCGAGCGCAGGAGAAGGUGCAGCAGUCUGGAGACUUGUCUGAUGAGGAGGAUGAAUAGACUCGUGAGUCUGCAGCCAUGGAUUUCUCUAUGUUAUU